AUGACUAUGAGGACGAGCCUUUUCAGCCAUCGGACGAUAAGGCAGGGCGUUGGAUCUGUAAAGAUUAAACUGUUGCUCGCCUUUUGCAUCGGCUUCACGUUAUUUGUUCUCGCCGGACGUGCGGCGUCGUUCAUGGGAUGGAGAAAACACGCGGCUUCUCUCAAUCGAUCUUCUCUCCCGGAGAAAGGAUAUGCCUUAUUGAUUAACACAUGGAAGAGAAAUGAUCUUCUAAAGCAGUCCAUUUCGCAUUAUGCGUCAUGUCCCGGGCUUGCUUCUAUACACAUUGUAUGGAGCGAACCUGAUCCUCCUUCAGAGUCUCUUAAGAAAUUUCUAAACCACGUUAUACAUCUGAAUGGUCGAAAAAUUGAGUUAAAAUUUGAUAUCAAUAAAGAAGACAGUUUGAACAACAGAUUUAAAGAAAUUACGGACUUGAAGAUGGAUGCAGUUUUUUCAAUUGAUGACGAUGUCAUAUUUCCUUGCACAUCAGUGGAAUUUGCUUUCACUGUCUGGCAAAGUGCACCAGAUACAAUGGUUGGAUAUAUACCACGUAUUCAUUGGGUCGAUAAAUCGAAAGGCAAUCAGGAUACGUAUAUUUAUAGCGGAUGGUGGUCUGUUUGGUGGACAGGAACAUACAGUAUGAUCCUCUCUAAAGCUGCCUUCUUUCACAAGAAGUAUCUCAGUAUGUACACUUACGAGAUGCCAUCUUCCAUUCGAGAAUAUGUUACCAAGAACAGGAACUGUGAAGAUAUUGCAAUGUCUUUCCUUGUAGCAAAUGCAACUGGUGCUCCUCCCAUUUGGGUAAAAGGUAAAAUAUUUGAGAUUGGUUCGACUGGAAUUAGUAGCUUGGGAGGUCACAGUGAAAGGAGGACCCAUUGUGUGAAUUGGUUUGCAUCCAAGUAUGGGCGAAUGCCCUUGGUAUCAACUUCAGUUAAAGCCGUCGAUAGUCGAAGCAGCUGGUUUUGGUGA